AUGAAGAAGCUAGCGGAAGACAGUCGGGGCCAACUGACGCGCAGGAAGUGGGGGACGGCGAGCGAGCAGGCGGGGGAGAAGCCGGCCGAGAAGAAUAUCGAGGAGCGCGCGGAGGCAGGAGGGGACGUGACGCCGGGGGAGAAAGCUGGCCGGCCGGCGCCGCUGAGCUCAUGCUCCGGAACCCUGGCGCACGAAGAAUUAGACCCGAGCCAGCCUUCGAAAGUGUCGUCGGAGGACGAGCUGGCGUUGAUCCCGUUGACGGACGACAGCGAGGCGCGGAUCGUCACCUUCCGCUCCUUGCUGGUCGGCUUCAUCGUCGCUAUCUUGGGCGCCUCUGUCACCCAGCUCUUCUUGUUCAAGCCGGUCCACAUGCGUCUCCAGCCCGCCUUCCUCCAAAUCACUGCGAUGCUUUUGGGACGGGCAGCGGCAUUGAUACCCGGCCCGGCAUGGUGGAAUCCAGGCCGAUUCGGAAUGAAAGAAACCGUGUUUUCGUCUCUGAUAGCCACCUCGGCCAGUGUGGGAGCCUACGCGAUAGAAUUACUUGCAGCCCAAGAGUUAUUUUUUGAUCAAGUGACGACGUUCGGGAUGUCGUUUGGGAUUCUGCUGAGCUCGCAGCUGAUAGGAUACGGCUGGGCGGGCCUUUUACAGCCGAUCUUAGUCUACCCCACUCAUGUCUUUUAUCCAGAGAUCCUGCCAUCCGUUUCUUUGUUUUACUCUCUCUGCGGUGAUGGUCGAGUUGCUAAGGACCAGAUCAAAUUCUUCAAGCGCGCGUUUUUAGCGAUGGGCAUAUAUGAGAUUUUUCCGGCAUAUAUUGCCCCAGCUUUCCAAGCAAUCAGCGUGUUUUGUCUAACGCUUCCCAGGAACCAAUUGAUUACAAACAUCUUUGGGGGCGCCCAGCCUUUCGAAGGCUUAGGCUUCCUCAGCAUCUCUGGAGACUGGGCACUCGUUGGUGCUCAUGGUCCUCUUUACACUCCUCUCAAUGCCCAGGUUCAUCAUAUCGUUGGAGUCGUGUUUUCUCUGUUUAUUCUAUCGUUUGUUUAUACACAUUCUUGGUAUGAUGCUGGCAUCACCCAAGACUUCCCGUUCAUGUCUGUCUCCUUACUGAGCUCGAAUGGGACGACAUACCCGACCAAGAGGGUGAUCAAUCCGAACGGCUCGCCGAAUGAAGAGGUGAUCCAAGAGAUCGGCGUGCCCUUCUUCACCUCGACCUAUGUGGUCGUCCAGAUCAUUGCCUCCUUGGCGAUGACCUCGGCCAUCACCCAUGUGCUCUUGGAGAACUAUCCCCUGAUCCUUGGGAUCUUUAAGAAAUCUCCGAAAGUCGUGCCCGUCGAUCCUCACAGACUCUUGUGCCAGAAAUACAAGGACUUUCCCAAGUGGGCAUUUGGUUUGAUCUUGAUUUUCUCGAUUGGAUUGGCCAUGGGACUCUCCUCCUUGAGUCAAUCAGGACUUCCACCGCUGGGCAUGCUCUUUGCGAUCUUCCUAUCGAGUAUCCUCACACUAGCGGUGGGAUUUUUGAACGGGAUAACGGGCUUCCAUUUGCACGUGUCGGGGGUAGUGCAGAUGUUUGGGGGACUGUUAUUCCCGGGGAAUGCGUUUGGGAACAUGUGGUUUACGACCUAUGGGGCCUCGACGGUGAACCAGUCGAUGAACAUGCUCAAGGAUCUCAAGCUGGGCCAGUACAUGCAUCUCCCCCAGAGCAUUGUGGUGCUUGCGCAGAUGCUCGGUACGAUCGUUGGGAUCUUUGUGAACUACGGGGUCAUGAAGACUAUCAUCCAUAGCCAGCGUGAAAUCCUUUUGAGCUCGGGUGGUGAUGGGGUCUUCUCUGGUGUGGCCAUCACUGCUUUCCAAUCCCAAGCUGUCAGUUGGGGUGCUUUUGCUCAGAGGAUGUUCCUUGCUGACGAGAAAUACGGGGCGAUUCCGUUGGCCUUGGUCGUCGGCCUGUUCCUUCCGAUCCCGUUCUUUGUCUUGCAUCGGUUCUGGCCGGGCCAUGGGUUCAACAUGAUCAACAUACCCCUCCUGGCUGGCUCGAUCACCUCGGGAUAUACGGUUGCUACAGCGGGCAAAUUUUUGAAUAUUCUGAUCGGACUUGGCUCGCAGUACUGGGCGCGAAGAUACCGGCCUAGAUGGUUUAUGAAGUAUAACUAUGUGUUAUCUGCUGCGUUGGAUGGUGGUGCGCAGAUCAUGAUCCUGUUUCUGUCGAUGGUCUUUGAGGGUGGCGAUGGGAGCAAGGUCCCCUUUCCGCGAUAUUUCUUGAAUCCAGAUCCGGCCAUGCCCAAGGAUUACUGCUACAUGGCUCCGAAGUUGUGA